UUCUCACACGACGUCGUCUCCUUACACCGUUAGAAUCGGCAAGAUCUGAUCCAGUGCCAGCACCAAGCACCAUUUUUCGUCAAAGUAAACGUUGAAGUCUUUUAUUCCCCACACACGACCGUUCGUUCCACUCCCCCUUCCUCCAUAUACUCCUCCACCACCAUCACCACCACCACCGCCGCCGCCGCUGCCACUACCACGACCUCCAAAUUUCAAAAUGACGAAACUACCCUUCAUCCUCCUUCUCCUCAUCACCCUCCUUAGUCUCACCACCGCCGAAAUCAAAUCCUUAACAAUCACAAACGACAACCGCCCCAUGAUCCUCUUCGAGAAAUUCGGCUUCACACACACCGGCCACGUGACAAUUUCCGUCUCCUCCGUCUCCGUCUCCUCCUCAAUCAACGCCCCAAACCCUAUCCCUUCACGCCUCGGCUUUUUCCUCUUAUCUGAAGAAUCUCUUCUCCAAGUUCUCCUCGAGAUCCAACAAAACCCUAAUUUCUGCGUCCUCGAUUCCCACUACACUCUCCACCUCUUCACUUUCCGCGACCUAUCUCCGCCUCCACUGUCAUCUUUUCACCAGUCUUAUCCCGUUACCGCCCCUAAUGAGUACUCUCUUUUCUUCGCUAAUUGCGCACCUGAAACACGCGUUUCCAUGAAUGUUAAAACCGAAGUCUAUAAUCUUGAUGGAGACGGUUCUAGAGAUUUUCUCUCUGCAGGUUUAACGCAUUUACCUUCGCUCUAUUUUAUUUAUUCUAUUGCCUAUCUUGCUUUUCUCGGAUUCUGGAUUUACACUUGUUAUAUGAAUAGAAGGUCCGUGCAUCGGAUCCAUUUUCUGAUGGCUGGAUUAUUGUUAAUGAAAGCGCUUAAUUUGAUAUGUGCUGCGGAGGACAAGCAUUAUGUGAAAGUUACUGGUACUCCUCAUGGUUGGGAUAUAUUGUUCUAUAUAUUUCAGUUUAUUCGUGUCGUAUUGUUGUUUACUGUGAUCGUUUUGAUUGGCACUGGUUGGUCGUUUAUAAAGCCCUUUUUACAAGAGAAGGAAAAGAAGGUUCUGAUGAUUGUGAUUCCGCUUCAGGUUUUAGCUAAUGUAGCUUUUGUUGUUAUUGGUGAGACUGGUCCGUUUAUUAAAGAUUGGGUUACUUGGAAUCAAGUGUUCUUGUUGGUUGAUAUUAUUUGUUGCUGCGCCAUUAUUUUCCCGAUUGUUUGGUCGAUUCGGUCUUUGCGAGAGACAUCCAAAACUGAUGGCAAGGCUGCAAGGAACUUGGCUAAAUUGCAAUUGUUUAGGCAGUUCUACAUUGUUGUGAUUGGGUACUUGUAUUUUACGAGGAUCGUGGUGUUUGCCCUUAAGACUAUUGCUGCUUAUAAGUACCAGUGGGUUAGUAAUGCUGCUGAGGAGACUGCCAGUUUGGUGUUUUAUGCAGUGAUGUUUUAUAUGUUUAGGCCGGUUGAGAAGAAUGAGUACUUUGUUCUUGAUGAGGAGGAAGAGGAGGCUGCAGAGUUGGCUCUCAAGGAUGAAGAAUUUGAACUUUGAAAUGGAUGCAUGAAGUGUAGAAAUUUUUAAAGUUUGGCUGAAGUUUUAGUGGAUUUGCUUAUAAGAAAUACUUUGGUCAGUUCUGAUACUACAGUUGCUGCUCUUUUUCUUUUUCUUUACUUUUAUUUUCCAGAAAAUUUUAAACUCUUGUUUAACUCUUAUAACAACUUUCUUGUUCAUGAAUGUGUAGUGGCUAUAUUUUUGGUUAA